AUGGACGACCUAUUCGACGUGUUCGAGGACAAGCCAGGCUUGAACGAUGCCACCAACGAGCCCCCCAGACCUAGAAAGGCCAGGAACAAGAAGCGACGAGCAAACGGAGACAUCAAGUCAGAAAAUGUAGCGACAGCCAACGGAACGGAGUCGCCAGAGCCGGUCGAGCCCGCUGCGGACAAGAGUGAUGCUGCAGAAGCAGAAGUCCAGGAUGACCAGCCGGACAUAAAGCGCCUGCGGGUUGACCAGGAGCCAGAGCCAGUGGUGGCAGAUACCUUUGAAACAGAACAGUCCCGUGAAGUUGCCGCGUCUGCUGGAUUUCAGGGUCAGCAAGAUGGGAAAGCUGUGGUGCUAUCCCAUCAAGUACGACAUCAAGUUGCCCUGCCUGCGGGCUACGACUACAUCCCCAUCUCCCAGCACAAGCCGCCAGAGAAGCCCGCGCGGGUGUGGCCUUUUACCCUCGACCCCUUUCAGCAAGUCUCGAUUGCAUCUAUUGAGCGGGAAGAGAGUGUCCUUGUCUCUGCGCAUACUAGUGCUGGAAAAACUGUGGUUGCCGAAUAUGCUAUUGCUCAGUGUUUGAAGAAUAACCAGAGGGUGAUCUACACGAGCCCAAUCAAGGCUCUGAGUAACCAAAAAUACAGAGAAUUUGCGGCUGAGUUUGGUGAUGUUGGACUGAUGACCGGUGAUGUCACCAUCAAUCCCACUGCUACUUGUCUUGUCAUGACUACUGAGAUUUUGCGGUCUAUGUUAUACCGAGGCUCAGAGAUUAUGCGUGAGGUCGCCUGGGUUGUUUUUGACGAGAUUCAUUACAUGCGAGAUAAGACCCGAGGUGUCGUUUGGGAGGAGACCAUUAUCCUACUUCCAGACAAAGUCAGAUAUGUGUUCCUUUCGGCUACCAUCCCGAAUGCGAUGCAGUUUGCAGAGUGGGUUACCAAGAUGCACAACCAGCCAUGCCACGUUGUAUAUACAGAUUUCCGUCCGACCCCCCUUCAACAUUAUCUUUUCCCUGCCGGAGCCGAGGGCAUCCAUCUUGUUGUUGAUGAGAAAGGUGUGUUCCGUGAGGAGAACUUCCAAAAGGCCAUGAGCUCGAUUGCAGACAGGCAAGGAGCAGACCCUGCGGAUGCCAUGGCUAAAAGGAAAGGGAAAGGGAAAGACAAGAAGACAAAUAAAGGAGGAGACAAGAAUGGGCCAUCUGAUAUCUACAAAAUCGUCAAGAUGAUCAUGAUGAAAAACUACCAUCCAGUUAUCGUAUUCAGUUUCAGCAAACGAGAGUGUGAGGCUUUUGCUCUACAGAUGAGUAAACUGGCAUUCAACGAUAACUCCGAAAAGGAGAUGGUCUCUAAGGUUUUUAACAGCGCCAUUGAGAUCCUCUCAGAAGAGGAUAGGGAUCUACCCCAGAUCCAACAUAUCCUACCCCUUCUCCGGCGCGGUAUUGGUGUCCAUCACUCAGGUCUCCUGCCCAUCCUCAAGGAAACCAUUGAAAUUCUCUUCCAAGAAGGACUAAUAAAAGUUCUCUUCGCGACUGAAACAUUCUCUAUUGGUCUUAACAUGCCCGCAAAGACCGUUGUUUUCACAAGCGUUCGCAAGUUUGACGGUGUCAGCUCAAGAUGGAUAACAUCCUCGGAAUUUGUCCAAAUGUCCGGACGUGCAGGUCGUCGAGGCCUUGAUGACCGUGGUCUUGUUAUCAUGAUGGUUGAUGAAGAGAUGGACCCUCCUGUUGCCAAGGAUAUUGUUCGCGGAGAGCAGGACAAGCUUAAUUCAGCUUUCCAUCUCGGUUAUAAUAUGAUUCUCAAUUUGCUUCGUGUGGAAGGGAUAUCACCUGAGUUCAUGCUUGAACGGUGUUUCUACCAGUUCCAAAAUACAGCUAGUGUUUCUGGUCUGGAAAAAGAACUGGCUGAGCUCGAAAGUUCUAGGGAUGCGAUGACAAUUGAAGACGAAGGCACAAUACGAGAAUAUUAUGACCUUCGACAGAAAAUUGAUACCUACAACUCUGAUAUGAGAGCUGUGAUAACACAUCCCAAUUAUUGCGUUUCGUUUCUCAAGCCUGGACGUCUAAUCCACAUCAAAUACCAGGACUUUGAUUUCGGAUGGUCAGUGGUGGUCAACUGCCAAGCGCGAAAACCACCAAAGAACGCCCCGCGUGAAGAGUACGAGCCUCGUGAGAGCUAUAUAGUAGACGUUCUACUACCAGUUUCAGAGGACUCUUUCCUAAAAUCAAAAGGUGUUCAGCCUUUGCCACCUGGUGUCAAACCAGCUAACAAGGGCGAGCCUUCGAAGCUAGAAGUUGUUCCCGUCCUCCUCAACUGUAUACAUUCAAUUUCUAUGGUGAAAAUCAAAAUGCCCAGCAACCUAAAACCAGAAGAAAGCCGAAAGGCCGUCAAGAAGCAGAUUAUGCAGAUCCAGCAACGCUUCCCUGAUGGCUUGGCGCUCCUUGACCCCAUUGAAAACAUGAACAUUACGGAUGAUGAGUUCAAGAGAUUACUAAGGAAAAUCGAGGUUCUGGAAUCACGUCUAAUAUCUAACCCGCUACACAACUCUCCUCGGCUUCCAGAAUUGUACGACCAGUAUGCCGCAAAGGUGGAGCUUGUCAAGAAAAUCAAGGAGACUAAAAAGAAGAUAACCGAGGCCAUGUCGAUAAUCCAGAUGGAUGAGUUGAAAUGCCGUAAACGAGUACUUCGCCGGUUCCAGUUCAUCAACGAAGAUGAAGUCGUACAGCUCAAGGCUCGAGUUGCUUGUGAAAUCAGCAGUGGUGACGAACUUAUGCUCAGUGAGCUGUUGUUCAACGGUUUCUUCAAUAAUCUCACACCUGAGCAAUGCGCCGCAGCACUAAGCGUAUUUGUCUUCGAAGAAAAUGCCAAGGACACCCCUGCCAUUACCAAUGAGGAGCUCGCCAAACCGCUCAGAGACAUCCAAGCCCAGGCUAGAAUCAUUGCUAAAGUUUCCCAGGAAUCAAAACUGCCUGUGAAUGAAGACGAAUACGUGAAGAGCUUCCGAUGGGAACUUAUGGAGGUGAUGUUCGAGUGGGCAAAGGGCAAAUCCUUUGCAGAUAUCUGGUAA